CGCCCGAGAUCCCAAAGCUUCCCGGCGCCGGUUCUCGCCGCUCGCUCGGCUGAGAUGGCGGCUUUAGGUCGCCUUUCACGUUUGCUUAGUUCUACCGUCCACCGCUCUGGAGGCCUUGUGCGCGCCUUCUCCAUGUUGGCCGAGGUCGUCAAUGUUGCCGAUGUCUCCGAUCUGUAUCUGCCACGUGACGCCCAUUGCUACUACAUCUUUGGAAAGCAUGAGCCUCUGAAGUUAUCCUAUACCAGAGUGAUCAGCAUUUCAGAGUAUUUCAAGGAAGUGUCUUUGCUGGACAGGGCACGUAGGAACCGUUUCAUUGAAGAUAUUGACGAUGACCUCCCGUUCUUAACCCAUGAUAGGGUUUGCAAGCUACUGAGAUCUGGAUUACCCCCUUGUAUUUCAGAUUAAGACUUGUGGCUUAUCGAUUCUUGAGACCGAUUUCAUUGAAGAAAACCUUGGUGUGCUGCCUGAGUUGGAUUUACUGGUAUUCAGAUCACUGAACAUGAGUCGCUCUGAGUCUGAAAUAGAUAAUUGCUACAAACCAUUCGUGAAGCUCUUCAAGGCUCUUGAGGGUAAGUAUGUUGUAAGGGAUGCAAUCUUCAAGCUACCCAAGUCACUUGAUCUGCAUUUGAAGUAUCUUGAGUUGCCUAUUGUCAAGGAUUAUCGUGUGAUAUAUGGUCGAACCCUCUUCCCGAAGCUUUUGAUCUCUAUAAUGUACUGCGAAGUGCAUCGACUUUUGAGGGAGCAGUGCCCGGCACGUGGACAGAGUGCUGCAGCCAAUGCAAUCAUGGUGACGAUUGAAGAGAAAAUCUUUGACUUCAUGAAGUCAUGCAGUACAAAUGUUAUGCUAAUUAGCUAUUCUGGUGCUCAUGGUGAGAGGGCAAAUAAGCAAAUUGUGUGCAGUGAAGAUGGAGGAGAUGAGGCGCUGACAUCUGAAGUUAGUAAUGUCACUAAAGAUCUCAAAGCGUCGAAUGUCCCACUGAAAGUUAGAAAUUUUAUGGGCAACAAGAAGCUCAGUGUUGAGGGCAAAAGAACUACCGCAGAAGGAAACAUUGAGAUUAUUUCAGGAGAUGAGCUGACAGCUACUCUCUUGGACGUUGUGAAUACUAUUCAGUGCAUUACUACUGGAUAUGAUCAGAUUCGUUUAGCAAAGAAAAAAUUGAUGUCACACGUCAAACAGAUGAGGAUGUGCUAGAUUCGGCUUCUUAAGCUGCUACAAGAGAAAGGUAUGCACAAAGAUCUGGAUAUUGAUCUUGAGGGCCCAAAGAAUGCCUCUGUGAAGUUAAAAGUUGUGAAUGCUUC